AUGGCCAGUUCUACUACAGCAGCAGAGACUUCCUUUCAUGUUCGUUCAGUCAGUCUGCCAUCCCAAGUUCAACCAACAACGCUAUGGAUCAUAGGAGAGCUGCAAAAACUCAAUACUUUUGUAGAAUCAUCAGUUUCGACAGUGCCCUCCAUGACAAGGGAGAUGAUUUCCAAUGGAUUGAGGCAGCUUGCUAAUAUGCAUGAUGGAAUUGAGGAUCUUCUUCGCCUUCCAAGCAUCCAACAAGGCCUAUUCUACUCUGACCAGAGGAAAUGGUUGGAGGAGGAUGUGGAGGGAUUAAUGAGGUUACUGGACCUCAGUGGUACCAUGAAGGAUGAAACCACCACAUUGAAAGAGUAUGUUCAUGAUCUUCGGUUUGCACUUGGAAGAAGAGGCGACAACUCUACUGGACAAAGGGUGCAGGAUUACGUUCGCUCGCGGAAGGAGAUACAGAAGAUCAUUAAGAAAAGCUAUAAAGAUUUGAAGCAAAUGGAUGGCAGAUGUCAACCAGCCUCUCUGAUCGCAAGACCUGAACCUCUCGGUGGUCUUAAAUGUGUUGAAUGA